AUGCACCUGUGGGGUGCUGCCGAACUCCUGCGUGAGUUCCGUCAUUUCUGGCCUUCUGGAGAUUGCUCGGGCCUUGGACUGGGCACCACUUUGCUGCUGAUCCUAUUGGGCUGGAUUUCAGGGCUGGUGGACGAGCUCACUUUGCGGAUAGGUGAACUUGAGAUCUCUGUGAGACGUCGAAGUGGCACCUCUGGAGACGGAUCCACCCCUGAGCUAUCCCUUGCUGGCCCUCGGGCCGCUGCCGCAGGUUCUGCUGCAGCCGAGGAGCGAGUUGAAUCCUCUCCUACAGGUUCCAGUGUCUGGAGUGUUGUUGGCGGUUCUCGCCAGUGGUCGCCUGAGUGGAAGAAGGCUUUGCUUGAGGCCUCUACCGCGGCUGAGAUCUUAGCUGUUGACCUGCAGUGCGUGGAGCACCUGCAGCGCCAACUCACUGCCGAGGUGGGAGUUUGGACUGUGCGAGCCAGGCUGGGGCGAGCCUUGCGAGCGGGACUGGCGGCAAAGAACAAGCUGGACGGUGUCGGAACGUUUGAACGUUCACCUGACAUUGGGGUCCGCAACAGGAUCUACGUGGUGCUGAGAGGGGCUCCUGGUGCUGAGCCGUGCAUUUGCCACAGUGCCCACGUUUACUAUCAGGCAGUCCGUCUGCCAGGCGGAAGCCUACGUGUUGGGAGCUCAGGCGCUAUGGCCGCCGGAGCGGGAGGACUAGCUCAGGCAGAUAUCGAAGCCCGUGUGGUGGAAGCACGGGCGAAAGGGCUGCUUCCGGCUCUGCACUUCUCCGCCAUAUCAGUCGAUGGCACAGUUUUGUGGAAAGCACUGGCGUAUGUGGUCCGGUACAGAGCCGGAGGGUUUAUGUUUCUGGUUCCUGGAGAUGCCGAGGUGGCCGACUUUUUCGAGAUGGCCGGUCCCUUCGACUUCUAUGCCCACCAUCAGACCUCUGUCCAGGUGGAAACUGCACGAGGCCGAGCCUUAGGAUCAGUGGAUGCGGUUCUGGUAGACUGCCCUUGGCCCGCUCUGCAGUUCUUCAAGAGAGCUUCCAGUUUGCGUGGCGAGGCCGCACUGGCCCUUCUGAAGUUUGUGCACGAAGGGGUGACAUGUCGUCCAUCCAGGGACGGCGCGCUCUUUGCGGCAGAGGCCUGGAUAGCAGAGAACAUGGACGAGGAGGCUGCUGGCGAAUAUGUGUCUUGCGAAGAGGCGUUUGUGGCCGAGGCACAUGUCGACGAGGCGGCAGAUCUGGGACAGGUGCAUUCAGUGGAGCAACUUCAAGCUCACAUUCAAGACCUCGAGGUGCAGCUGGCUUCACUAGCUCAACAGCAAGUUGCCCCCGUGACUCAAGCGGCCUCUCAGCCUGCUCAAGGCCUUUUAGGAGCAUUGCCCAAAGCCCCGGGCGUCCCAGCUCAGACCAUGGAGCGCCUCCGCAGUUUGGCGGGCGCGGGACCGCCGCGUCUGGGUGGUCACGAGAAGCGAGAUCGCGCCUUGGAGCUCACACCAAACGGGGCAGAUGCUUUCGAAACUUUUCAGCAAGAGCAGGAGUUGGAGGCGACCGACGGCGACGAACUGGCGCAGCUGUCAGUGGAUGCCUUCCCGGAUCCUAUGCAGAAACUGCUGUUUCUUCAGAUGCAGCAGGUGACUCUGUUGCAGAAGCAGGUGGCGGCCCGACAGCCUCAGGAUGCCAUCCAUGCAGCUCUCAGCAGUGGGAGCGAGAACCCUGGCAGUUCUUCCAGUGGGAUCAAAGGCUGCUUAGCGCGAGAGGCCUUCCUGAAGAUCAGCGACAACUUGGUGUCGACAGCACAGGUCGUAGAGAGCAACGCCCUCAUGGAGUUGGGGCUGAAUGCCAGCCAGUUGUCUCCCGGGCUCCUCCGGGACUAUCUGGAGAAGCGUGUUCCUCUUGGCUCCUUCCGCCUGCUGACCCAGGUGGGGUACUUGAUGGCUUCAGCUUACGAGACAGGCCAGCGCACUGGAAACCGGGAGUUGGCCGGGUUUGGAGCCAAGGGCCUGAUCUUCGUGGAGCAGACAGCACUGGACGAAGGCAAGACGAGCCUCUCCUGGCUGCUGACGGGGCUGCCCGAACCCAACUUCUCUCAGGUUCAACUGACCCGGGCGCGUCGAUGCACCGGCGCCCAAAAAGCCGUGGCCCAAGAAAAAGAACAAAGGAAAAGACGGCAGCAGCGGAAACGCCGAGGCGGCCGAGACGGUCUGACGGAUGCAACCGGCGGGAGUGGAGUGGCUUGUGCUGCCUUUUUGCCUCGCCUCUUGCCGGCCUGUUCUACUUCAGCGCAGGGGGUCUCUGGCCCUACUGCGACUUCUGGUCGGGGGUUUGAGUGCAAUGGCAGUCGCACAGACUUCACUGCCGCUUCCUCCUCCCGAUUGCAUCCUGAGCCCCCCAAAAAGCUUGGUACCCGGCGGCCCAAGUCGGGCAGUCAUGUUCCUGAUGCCAACUUAGCAGGAACCAAGGUGCCUUCUCAAAUUAGGUGCAGUGAGAUGAUUCGCGCUGUACUGCGGAUCGCUGGAGCUUCUUACACUGGUUUCGGCGAGUUUUGCCGCAGGAGUUUGCAGCCUACCCGUCACCAAGACGGUUCCUUUGCUGGAACCGAUCUAUGGCCUUGUCCUCCUCCCAGAUGGCAUUGGACGGCCUCCCAGCAUUUAUCCCCCAAGAGGCGAAGGCGCAAGAGACUGCUGGAGACCAAAGCGUACUGCCUCCAGUAUGUGGUAGUGAGUUUAAACUGGUUGAGCUUGGGUUGCCCCCUUUCUCCACCUCCUUCAGCUUGCCUUGGCGCCCCAAUUUCUGAUGGCCAGCACGUCAUGCUUGAGCGUCUGGAAGGUCUGAUCGACCAUUUUGUGAGAGCCCCGGACGUCGACUUUGACGAGCUUGGCCGAGCGGCGGAAAAGCUGGCUAAUUUGUGCAAGACGUCCUUCGAGCUGAGUGCAGUUUCUGAGCUUGAGCACAGGGACCUUCAAAGUUUUUUAGAUGCUGUUUCCACCAAGGUUGACCCCUAUGGUUUCUCCCACAAGAAACGAGCAACCCCAAACGAUGGCUUUAGCUGCACUUCGGAGCUGAAGGGUGAUAUAGGUUCCACAGUGGGCAAUGAGCCCCGACUGCCUGAGACCUUGCCAUCUCGCGUUCCCUUGGCCACCACUGUCACGAAGGAGGUUUUAGCUGAACGUAUUAAAUGGAAGUUGGGACCCUCAUUUGACCCCUUGCCUUUUCUGAGUGAUCCAGUUGUUCACAGUGCUUUUUUGCGGCCUGAUGUGCUCCGCAUACCAGAACAUGACUGGCCACGGAUGACGAGGGCUCAGGUGCAUUGCAAGCGGUCAGAGCUCUUGCAAUUGGCGCAGAAGUGGGAUGAGUUAGGAGCUUGCCGACUGGUGACAUGUGAUAGCAUUCGGCGUGAUGAAGCCGUUGGAAUGUUCGCAGUUAGUAAGGAUCAACAGUUUGACAGGCUGAUUGUGAACCCUACUGUUAUCAACAGUCGGCAGUUUUCCUAUACCAACUUCACCAAGACUCUGGCACCCGGAGCCCUGAUUUGUUUGCUGCGGCUUGAAGCUCAUGAAUGUUUUGAUCCCAAGUUAUUUGGUCAGAAGUUAUACAUCUGUUUGGGUACGCUGGCGAUGGGCGACGGGCUUGCAGUUGAGAUUGCCCAGCAGAGCCAUUUCAACUUGUUGCGUCAGUUGGCUGGGUGUCUGUUGGAGCAUGAAAUCAUAGCUUAUAGGCAACCCAUCCCACGUGGUCCUUUCUAUGAGCUGUUAACUAUUGAUGAUCAUAUUGGUCUUCAAAAGGUAUCUAAUCUGAUCCCCUUGAGCGACCAACAGACGCGGGACAAAGAGGUCUUUGCGAACUCAGACAUGGCCUACCAGCAAGUGGGCCUCACUUCCCAUCCGGGCAAAAGACAGCGGCAGGUUUCCAGUGCAACAGUUUUGGGAGCCGAAGUGGACGGGGUUCUGGGGCGCGUUUCAGCUCCUCGCAGCAGAGUUGCUAUGUUGAUGUUUGUGACUGCCGUCGUGGUUCAAAAGCAACGGACUACUCGGCGCAUUUUGCAGAGCAUCAUUGGCACUUGGGUUCACGUUUUACUUUUUCGGAGAGUGGGGUUUUCUGUGUUAGAAUCUGUUUUCCAUGAAGGGGUUGACAAGCACAUGGAUGAGCCUUUUACAUUGUCGCGACAGAGCAUCAACGAGCUGAUCAACCUCAUGAUAUUGGGGCCAUUGUUUCAAACUGAUUUGCGAACCAAUGUCUGUCCUGAAGUGUUCAUGAUGGAUGCUUCGCCGAGUGGCGGUGCGAUCUGCCGGCAUUUUUUGGGCCAUGUGGCAGUUGAGGAGAUCUGGAGGCACACGGAACAGCGGGGAUAUUACACGCAGCUUCAGUCCGGUGCCAAUCUGGUCUUACAUGAGUUGGGGUUGGAUCACACGGAGAUGUUUGGCCAUGCUGAUCCUGACCUAUCUGAUUUUGGCUCCACUGCGGUUUUGAAUGUCUCUGCUGCAGGUGAAGACGUGGAGCUGGCAGCCUACGACUGCAUUGAGUUGUUCGCCGGUCAGGCGAAUUGGAGCCGCAGCCAUGCCAAGGCGGGUCUUCGUGUUCAUCCUGGGGUCGAAAGAAAUGCCAAAGGCGUUCGUUUUGGGGACCUUAGUGAUAAACAAACUUUUCUUGAGUUGGCCCACCUAGCAGCAGAAGGGAAGGUGAAAGAGUGGCAUGCAGCUCCACCCUGUUGGUCAUUUGGAACGCUGCGAAGACCUCGUCUCAGGAGCAAAACCCAACCUGCCGGCUUCGAUAUGCUGGAUGAGCUAACCUGGGAACAGACCAGAUUGGCUAUUCGCACUGCGUUUAUUUUGAUGCUGGCGCUUUCAUCAGGUAUCUCCGAGUUCGAUCGGCGCUGCAAGCCGAGCUGCCAAGCCGUUUACGGCAAAGAGCCUCGAGUGGGUGAGGCACUGAGUUCUUUUUCUGCUGCUUAUCCCAUACCGCUUUGUGAGAAAAUGGCAAGAGGGAGUGUGGCCGCCCAUCACCGCUUUGCUGCCGAUGAAACUCUACGACAUCGUAAGGUGCGGUUGUUGCAGAGGCCCAAUCUGGUCACCAAGGCUUCUGACCGCAGUGUUCUGCGGGCGUGGUUCGAGGAUCCGGACUGGGUGGCAGACUUGUGUGAGACGGUGCAAUACAAGGAGUUGUUUCGGUACCGCUUCAAGAAAGGCGGUCAUAUCAACGUGCUGGAAUGCAGGGUUUACAAGUCAUGGCUAAAGCAUAGUGCAAAGCGGUGGGGCGGGCAUAGGCUGCUUGGGCUGUUAGACAGCCGUGUCACCAUGGGAGCCGCUGCUAAAGGGCGCAGCAGUAGCAAAGCUUUGUCUCGAGUGCUGCGCAGUUCUUUAGGCUGCGUUCUUGGAGGGGGUCUCUAUCCUGGCUGCUUACAUGUCCGGUCGGCUUGGAAUCGAGCUGAUGGCCCUAGUCGGGGGCGCGAUAUUGAGCCUCCUAGUGCCAAGACUGCAGGCUGGAUUCAGGCGUUGCAGAGCGGCGAUGUGCGCCCGUUUGAGCUGAUGCUGGAGACCUCAAAGUGGACACGCCCUAUCGGGCGCUGGGUCAGGCUACUGCUCUUGAUUGCUGGAGAUGUGGAGAGAAAUCCGGGGCCUGUCGCUGGAACAUAUCAACCCCGUGGGGAACUUGACUUGUUUGGCGGGCUUUCGCGCGCCACUACCCAGCGGAUGCAGAGCUGUCUUUGCCAGUUUAGCGAGUGGCUCCAGCAGGAGUUGGGCAUGUCGCUUGACCACGCACUUGAGAGCCCGGAGAUGUGCAACUUGAGUCUCAGGGCUUAUGGGCGUAUGUUAUAUGCCGCUGGGCGCCCCCGCUACCAGCUUGUGUACACAAUCACCGCAGUCCAAAGGUUGAGACCUGAAUUUAGAUCCCUACUUGGAGGCGCCUGGCAUGUGGAUAGGGUUUGGCAGCUGGAGCAGCCGGGACAGUGUCGUGCUGUCCUUUCUGCUCCAAUUGUCCGAGCCUUGAUUUGCCUUGGGCUGCUUUGGGGAUGGCGACAGUUUGUUGGAGUGAUUAGCAUUGGCUUCGCAGGUAUGUUACAUCCGAAUGAGUUCAUACAACUGGUUCGCCAAGAUGUGGUCCUACCAGAGGAUGCACUUUUGCGUGAGCAGGUGAUGUACAUCCACAUCCGAAACCCAAAAACAGCCCGCUUUGCCAGGCGGCAGCAUGCAAAGAUCGAUGAUCCUACCGUGAUUUUGCUGGUGAGAUGUAUUUUUGGCAGCCUUCCCUUGCAAACCAAGUUGUUUGAUGCGAGCAUGGCCGUUUUUCGGCGGCAGUGGAAUUUCUUGAUGGAUUUUAUGCAUAUACCCCGGCGUCAGACUAGCAGAGGUGCUACGCCCGGAGUUUUGCGUGGCUCAGGGGCUACGCAACAGUAUAUUGACACUGAAGAUAUACCCAAAAUUGCAUGGCGUGGGCGUUGGGCCAGAACGAAGACCCUAGAGUUCUACGUUCAAGAAGUAGCUGCUCAGCUAUUCCUUCACCAGUUGUCUCCCCAUGCUCGAAGUUUAGUGUCCUUUCUGGAGCAGCAUUGUAUGACUGUCCUUUUGAGUUUGUAUCCUGAGAAGAUUCCCGCUGGCGUUACUUGA